AUGAAGAAAGCCCAGUCGGUGAAGUGGAGCGGCUGCUACGCGAGUACCGUCAGAACCAGGAACUGGUGCGGAACAUCGGCGCGCACUACUACCAGAUCAUAUACCCCGUGCAGCUGCGACACCACGAGAAGAUGGGCAUCUCCACUCGGGAGGUCAACACGCAGAAGGGUAGAGGCUUCGGAUCGGAUUACCAGCAAGGCACCAGAUCACGCGCUAGGACUGGCAAACAUUUUCACCGGACGUCACUUCUCAUCAAAGCCUUCAAUCACAAGUUUAGACUAGACCUUGAGCUUAACACGCAACUGCUGGCGCCAAACUUGAGACAAACGCAAUAUCUUCCAAAUGGUGCUGAAAGUGAAGUAAGACAGGAAAUCGAGCAUUGUUACUACCACGGGACAGUGAAGGACUACCCUGGGGCAUCAGCUGCCUUCCACACGUGCAACGGGGUGUCAGGGGUCAUCCACAUUGGCAACGAAACCUUCGUCAUUCACCCCUUCUACGGCGGCGAUCUAUCGAAGCACCCACAUGUGAUAUUCGAGGCGCGAACCAAGGCCAACAAGGGGUGUGCCAACAAGCUGGAGUACCGACCGAAGACCAGGCGGACCAAACACGUGUCCUUCGUGGAGGCUCCGCUGGGAGACGACCCUGGGACUACGGAUACCCGGGCAAAAGAAGAUCGCUCAUGGCGGUGGUGGCACGACGCGGGCCUGCGCGCGCUCAACCGGCGCAGGCGCGACGUGCGCGAGACCACGAAAUACAUCGAGACGGCCCUAGUCAUAGACAAGGCCAUGUUCGACAGGAGGAACGGCAGCACUCGCUCCGAGGUCGUGCACGACGCCAUACAGGUCGCCAAUAUCGCUGAUUUGUACUUCCGAACGCUGAACACGAGAGUAUCCCUGGUGUACAUCGAGUCGUGGCAGGGCGCUGACCGGGCAGACAUCGACCGCAAGCAGGACAUCACCAGGGCAAUCCUCAAGUUCAGCGACUACACUGCCAGAAAACUGUUCACCGUCGAGAAAGAUACCACGCAGUUGCUCACGGGGCUGACGUUCCCGGGAGGUGAAUCCGGGAUAUCAGUCCCGGACACGAUGUGCACGCCCAAGUCUGUGGGCAUCUCCGUGGAUACCAACACGUACGAACCUCACCUCCUCGCCGGCACCAUGGCGCAUAUGAUCGGACAUAACAUUGGUAUGAGCCACGACGACGGGCGGGAGCAGUGCUUCUGCCGCGACUGGCACGGAUGCAUCAUGGCGCAGUCCAUCGUCGGUCUGGAGAACGUCCAGCCGUACAAGUUCUCAGAUUGCUCCAAGAAUGACUACAUCAACGAACUCAGGGUCGGGCAAGGACUCUGCCUGCUUAACAAGCCUAAUGAGCUGGUGAUCCAUCGACAAUGCGGCAACGGUCGUUUGGACGAAGGCGAGGAAUGCGACUGUGGGACUAUUGCUGAAUGCCAGAACUCCAACCCUUGCUGUGACCCGUAUACGUGUAGACUGACCAAGGAAGCCCAGUGUGCCUCAGGAGAGUGCUGUGAGAGAUGUCAGCUCAAACCUCGCGGAGUGGUCUGCAGGGAUUCCCACAACGAGUGUGACCUUGAAGAGACUUGCACCGGUCUAUCGGGAGCCUGCCCUGCUGACGCGCACCGUAAGAACGGAGAACCCUGCGAACGAGGCAAAGGAUACUGCUUCGCGGGUCAAUGCCCGACUCUAUCACUGCAAUGUGAGAUGAUCUGGGGAACUGGGAGCACAGGCGCUGACAAAGAAUGCUUUGAACAGUUCAACUCUAAAGGAGUUGUUACUGGACACUGUGGAAAGGAUAGCAACGGGCAUUACAUCAAGUGUGAUAUGGAGAAUAUCAAGUGCGGGUCACUGCAGUGCCAGCAAGGAAACCGGUAUCCAGUGGUCCCCGGCAUGGAUGAGUACUACACGCGAGCAGUCAUCACUAUCAAGGGUAGUGAAUACGAGUGCAAAGCGACUACGGGUCUACCGUCUCAUUCGGAGAUCGGUCCGUUGGGCCUGGUUCGCGAUGGAACCCCCUGUGGAGACAACCUGGUCUGCGUCAACCAAACCUGCAGCUCCAUCUUCCCCUUCAUAGACCACACCAAAUGCCCUACCGACCACAACAACAAUGAAUGCUCCGGAAAAGGGGUGUGUUCAAACGAGAACAAGUGCGUCUGCACCCGGGGCUGGACCGGCCCUGACUGCUCCCACCCCGACGCCAUCCCACCGUCACCCACGCCGUUCACCUCCGAGAACGCCACCAAAGCAGCCUACAACAUGACCAAGAAGGAAACACCGUAUGAGAACUACCACGGCUCGAACACGGUGUUCCUCGUGGCGGUGCUCAUGUCUGUGGUAGGGGGGGUAUUCAUAGUAUUUGCCCUGAGCGCUCUCUGCUACAGGAAAAAGAGCACGUUGCCGAAGUACGAUCCUCCGUACGUGAAGAAGCCCAUCGCGAAGAGCUUUGCUGCCGGGUCAACGACCUCCAACAAUUCCCAGGAAGACAUCUCGCUCGACGGUGGCAAGAUGCAUUCCUUCAACAACACAUUUAGCCGCGGAGAUUCUCAAAGAGUGAUCUUCCGGCACGGCAAUCACAUGGCGGGCGCCGGGAAUACUAGUAGAUUUCCGGAUCACAAGCAGAUGAAACGUGUUCAUUCCGGUAGUGAAGACGAGCCAACGCAUUCAGGAGAAGAAGACAUAGCCUUCAUAGACGUGGCACCCAACUCGAUGGCGAAGCUUCCAGAGAAGGGUAUCCUGAAGAAGCAUGGGUAUGGUGCGGUGGAUGGCAAGGACAAGUGGGGUGAUGACUCCCAGUCGGAGCAGCUGGAGGCGGGCUCGCAGUCGGAUGGACAGGAACCUGCUGGGGCCGUCGCUGAUAUGGAGUAUAAAUUUAAGGACUUAAACGGCUAUCAUGAAAAUAUAAUCGUGGCAUUGAAGACUGCGGCUGCGCAGCGAGCGAGCGCCGGCGCAGCGGGCGGAUCCGGCGACCUUCGAGCUUUACAAGAAUACGAAUACAAACGGGAACGCGCACCUUCUGCCGAGAAGAUCCACGAAGCAGAGCUGCGAAGGCAAAGGGCCGGAGACGAAGAGGAAGACGAGGCCCCGCAAUGCGGCCCGAUUAGAAUCAGGAACUUAGAAGACCUGAUACGGCAGUUGGAACACCACUCCAGCCGCCACAUGAGCCCGUCAGGGUCGGAAGACAUAAGAAUGUCGGAGACAGAAGCUGAUAGACACUAUAGAAUUGAGCCGGGAGAGGUGCCACCUCGCUGUCGCGGCCGCAUCGGCGGCGAGGAGGACGCGCGGUUCGGCUACCCGCGGUUUCGCGGCAGCGGGCGGCACCACCCCGGCAUGUUCGCCGGCGCACCCGCCGCCAGCGGCGCCGCGGGCAGCGGCCUGCUCGCGCAUGCGCACGCCGCACACUCGCCCCACGCGCGCGGCCCGCCAGAUGACGACGCCCUGUACGAGACCGCUGACGCAGAACGCCUGCGCGACGCGCCUGAUAGUGAGAGCUCAACAACAGUUAGCCCGGUGGGCGAGUGAAGACGCCGUGCCGGCGGCGGCGGCGGCGGCGGCGCGGCUCGCGGCCGCGCGCGACUACUUCCCGUCGCCCCCGG